AGGCUCGCCGCCGGCGUCGAGGAGCGUCGACGUUGCGUAAGGAGAGGAGACGCCCCGGAAGCAUCCCAGCGUCCGAGGAUCCGCUCUCUGGCCGCGGUAAUGGCAGAGCGCGCCGCGGCCGACUCUCGCGCUCGGUACUUGGCGCGUCCGCUCUACUCGCCCCCGGGCCCCCGAGGCGUGCCCCGACGCGUGCGAGCCUUUUUUACCCCCGUUUUUUCGAAUUCCAGACCGAGCUCGGCGGCGCCCCGUCCCCCGGGUCGAUAAGGAUCGCAAUCGCACACGUCCGCCCCUCGAAAAGCUCGCAGGGCGCGAUUAACCCCGAGGUCGAGGUUCCCCCGGAGGGGCGGAUCGAUCUCGCGAGGGAGGCGAAUUCGCGGUCGGGGCUCUCGUUAAGACGAUUUAACGCGGGUGGAGGUUGCUCCGGACAGGGCUGCUGCGCGGAGGCGGAUCCAUCCGGGGGCAGCGAAAAUGGGAAAGAAAAACAGCAAGCUCAAGCAGGACACUAUCGACCGGCUGACUACGGACACGUAUUUCACCGAGAAGGAGAUUCGACAGUGGCAUAAAGGUUUCCUCAAGGACUGCCCUGAUGGCCUGCUGACGGAACAGGGGUUCAUCAAGAUCUACAAGCAGUUCUUCCCCCAGGGUGACCCGUCCAAGUUCGCCUCCCUGGUCUUCAGGGUGUUCGACGAGAACAACGACGGGACGAUCGAGUUCGAGGAGUUCAUCCGCGCGCUGUCUGUGACGUCGCGAGGCAACCUGGACGAGAAAUUACGCUGGGCCUUCAGACUCUACGACGUGGACAACGAUGGGUUCAUCACGAGGGACGAGAUGUACAACAUCGUCGACGCGAUAUAUCAGAUGGUGGGCCAACAGCCGCAGGCGGAGGACGAGAACACCCCCCAGAAGAGGGUGGACAAGAUCUUCGACCAGAUGGACAAGAACCACGACGACAAGCUCACCCUGGACGAGUUCCGCGAGGGCAGCAAGGCGGACCCUCGAAUCGUGCAGGCCCUCUCCUUGGGGGGUGAGCCGUAACCGGCGCCCCCGGGGGGUCGUAUCAGCAAUAAAAGGACGUCGGGGGAUGAAAUGGGUAACGGCGCCCUUCAUUGGGAAAAUCCGACUCGGAGGAACGUUGCGAAUAACGAGAAUAACGAGUAUUUCAAGAAUUUUGAGAAUUAUAAGAGUUUUACGCGAAUUACGAAAAUUAAGGGUCGAGGCAGCCUCCAGGUGUUUCCUCCCCCUCGCCGCUGUAAACGUCCUCUCGAUUUACGAUCGAGAGUCAAAGUGAGGGCAAUAUAUGCGGAUAAGCCAUAAAACAGCGAAACGAGGGAUGAAACCGUCCUGGUCGCGUUCACCCCCCUCGAGGCGGUUCGCCAGAGGGCGCGUCGGCGUUUACGCGCGGAAGAGAAGCGCCGCGACGCUCUCGGCCGUGCCCGCGUAUGAAUAUAAAUCUAAGCCGAAGUAAAAGCGACGUAUCGGAAAAUCGAGAGGGA